AUGAGUCUCAAUAUAAAUAAAACUGUUCUUAUCACUGGAGCGUCCGGUGUCUUAGGUCGACAAGUAACAAAUCGUUUUAUUGAUGCUGGUUGGGAUGUAACAGGUCUUGCAUAUAAUCGAGCAAAUAAAAAACAUUUAAUUCGAUGUGAUUUAACUAAUUUUGAUGAAACUGAUAAAACUAUUCGAGAAAUACAGCCACAUGCAAUUGUUCAUUGUGCUGCUGAACGUAAACCAGAUGUAUUUGAAAAAGAUCCAAAACAUUCCAUGUUUCUCAACGUUGAAGUAACUCGACAUCUGGCUGAAUUCGCUGCAAAAGAAAAUAUCUUCUUUAUUCUUAUAUCAACUGAUUAUGUUUUUGAUGGAAAAAAUCCACCAUAUAAAGAAGAUGCUACACCUAAUCCAUUACAAGCAUAUGGUAAAAGUAAAUAUGAAGCUGAAUUAGUAACACAAAAAGCAUCGAAAAAUCAUCUCAUUCUUCGAGUUCCAUUACUUUAUGGAGAAGUUGAAAGUUUAGAUGAAAAUGCAGUUACUAUUCUACUUAAAAAUAUUAAAAAUACUGAUACACGAGCGAAAAUGGAUGAUGUUCAAACUCGUUAUCCAACAUAUGUUGGUGAUGUAGCUGAAGUUUGUUUACAAUUAUGUGAACAACGAAUAAAACAAAAUCGAACUGAACUUCAUGGAAUAGUGCAUUUUUCUGGUACACAAAAAUAUACAAAAUUUCAAAUGGCAAUACUUAUUGCUUCUCUAUUUCAUUUACCAAUUGAUCAUAUUGAACGUGAUCAAGGUUCAGUAUCAAAUGCAAAUGUUCAACGACCUGAUAAUGCAGCAUUAGAUAGUAGUAAAUUAUCACAUGAUUUUGGCAUUCAUAUUGAUCAAGUAAAUUUUGAAACAACAAUUAGACGUUGUCUCGAAUCAUUUCUUUAA